CCGCCCGGCAGUCAGUCACCGGCCGACCGUGUUGCGAUGACGAGACCGCCGCGCCAGCGGAGAGCGCCACGCGCCGCCCGGCAUUAGCGCGGACCGCCGCACGCGUCGUGCGGUCGCCAUGUGGUCGCCGGCCACCGUACGCCUGUUGGUGUUCAUCGGCUUUUACGUGUCGUUCUUGGCCGUCGGAGCAUUCGUGUUCUCGGCCAUCGAGGCGCCAGAGGAAGCUGCUCGGGUCCGGGAGCUCAAGGACCUCCGGCAAGAUUUUCUCGACGGGCACACGUGUGUCGGAGAUGACUCAAUGGAGAAUUUUAUUAAAGAAGUUUUAUCUGCUAGCAACAGAGGCGUAUCAGCAGCUAAAAAUGUUUCGGGAGAACCAAACUGGAGUUUUGGCCAAUCUUUAUUUUUCGCUUGCACCGUAAUAACAACUAUAGGUUACGGUCACGUCACUCCGCUGUCGCAAGAAGGCAAGUUGUUCUGCAUGCUCUACGCACUUUUCGGCAUACCAUUGACACUGGUUCUGUUGACUGCACUGGUCGAUCGGUUGAUGAUACCCACGACCAAGUACCUGCACUUCCUCAACAGCCGCCUCGGACAUCUAUAUCCGCCGUUCACCAUCCGGUUGUUGCAUUUCGGCACUAUACUGGGCACGUUGAUAUUUCUGUUUCUAUUGCUGCCCGCGGCGAUGUUCACGCACUUGGAACCCGAGUGGAACUACAUGGAUUCGCUGUACUACUGUUUUAUAUCACUCACGACCAUUGGUCUAGGAGACUACAUUCCGGGCGACGCUCCAGACCAGAAGUACAGACCUCUCUACAAGCUAAUGAUAACCGGCUACCUGGUCGUGGGACUUGUGUGUGUGAUGUUAACGCUGUCUAUUUACUACGACAUCCGGCAAUUGAACUUCGGCGUGCUUUUCAUGUUGGAAAACGACGAAACCCGUUCGAUUGACCCGGAAAAAAUGCAUCUACAAGAACCUGGAACAAACAGGACCAAGUACACAAAUGAAAAAGAUUCACCCACAAGCUUGGAGGACACCACUCCGAUACACAGCAUUCCUUAAAAUUAGGUUGAAAUAAUAAUUAUAACCAAUGAUUUCUGCUGUAUACAGUGAUGACAGUUACCUAUAUUCGACCAAAAACAAAAUCUCUAUCCAAAAACUAAUUAUUAUAAUAAUUAUUAAUUAUAUUAUAUUAAUAUAUUAUUAUUGUUAUUACCUUUAGAUUAUAAAUGAAUAGAUUAUAAAAGAUAUAUUGUUACUUAUAUUAUUGAUUUUACUGAAUGAAACAAUUAUUAAUCCAGCCACAAUAUUAAAAUAUUUACAGAAUAUGUAAUUAUAUACAUUUAUUAGUUUGAAAAGACAAUACCGUUAGUAGUUAAGUACUAUAUAAUCUAAUUAGAUAAAUAAAAAUAUAUUCAGUGAAGACUAAAAAAGGUAAAAGUUGUAUUUUUCUUCGUAUCACAAAUGUAAUACAUAUAACUAUUUAUGCCAUGUUCUGCUAUGAGAAUAGCAUUGGUUUAACAUGUCAUAUUAUAUUUUACAUGGUUAAGUACUCUCAUAACAUAUU